AUGGAGGACGCGCUGCUGUCGGCGGCGCCCAUCAACCCCAACAACUUCCCGGCCAAGCUGUGGCGCCUGGUCUCCCACAUGGAUGAAUUAGUCUCAAACUCUUUCUCAUCCCAGUCCUCCUCUACAUCACUGACUUUAGGACAGUUUCACCGGUCUUUUCGGCGAGACAGCUUAUCUCCGUACUCCUACCUGUCACCAUCAUCUCACAGUCAAAAUACUUUCCCUCUGAAAGGUUCAGAUCGGACUUCUCUUCCUCCCAGAACAUGGCAGAACUCCCUUGGGAUGCUUCCCGGGCAGGUGGAGGCCUCGACCUUUUCAGACAAAGGGGUUCCAUUUCCUGUACUCCAGAGGUUUCCGACAGAGGUAACUUACACUCUGCAGCCCAGCGCUACAUCUGUGCACAUUCAGCACGGGCCACAGACAAUGGCCACCUCUUCCCAGAAAUAUACCAGUUAUGCCGCUUCAGCACCAUAUUCCCAAGCUUACUACCCAACAGCUGUACUGCAAUGCUGCUCUCCACCCACACAUAUGGAUCCCCUAAGUGGAUGCUGUAGUCCCACAGCCUCAACUUAUACACACUGCAGUUAUUUUCAGAAUCCACCAAUGCAGUCCUCAUACCCAGUUGAAUUUUUGCCUUCUAAUUGGUCCUGCAACACAUCAGAUGAAAACAAGAAGACAGAAGUCAACUUGGAGGCUGUUUUUCAGAUUGUAGAUGAGAUGCAUACAUCCCCCAAGCUGGAAAUGGUCAAAGUAGAGCCAGUGGAGAAUCAGUGCCCGACCUCACAGUCGGGCCGGGGCCAGCAGUUGCUAGUUAAUCCAACGAACAGCGAUGCGCCUUGCUCAGGCCAAGCCAGCCACCUAGAGCCCUUGACACCCGUGGGCUCAGAUAUUACAUCCUUUGUGGUAGAGUCGGAUCAAGCCAUAGCAUGCUCCUUGCCACAGUCCCCAGAGUUUAUCUACACCAUCCACACCACUGAGCCUGUGGAGAACAGCACAGCACAAACAGCGCAGCAGCCUGCAGCCCCACAGCAAGCACCGGCAAAGCUGAAGGAAGAGCUGAACCGGCCGCCAGCCCCAUCUUCGGUGAUGUUUGUACAAGAGGAGCUUUCAUUCACUCAGCCACAGGAGGAGCCUAAUAUCAAGUGUCAGACAAAUCCAUCAGAGGCAGUUAUAACUUCCGAGCAGAUCGGAUUCCUCAUUUCGGAGGUGGGUCCUCUCAGCAAAUGUGCCAAAGACUCUGCUCCCUCCAUCCCAACCAAAUGCAGAGAAAGAAGAAGCAGUUCACAGAAGGGCAACUCCCCUGAUUUACAUCUGCUAGUGGAUGUGGCUUGCAAGCAGGAGCAUUUUCCAAAAGAAGGCGAACUAAGGGAGUGA